AUGAGUAAAUCGAGCCAAACUUCAAUCUCUCUCUCCAAGGGAGACCCUGAGAAACUUUCCCCGGAGCCCGACGUAUCAGAAAAUGCUCCAGCAGGAUCCCAGGACGACAUCGACUUCCCCGAGGGAGGUCGCCAAGCAUGGCUCGUCGCGAUAGGAAACGCCUGCGUCCUCUUCUGCACAUCGGGCUACUCCAACACCUUCGGCGUCUUCCAGGCGUACUACACCCUCCACCAGUUCUCCGACAAGUCCGCCGACGCCGUCUCCUGGAUCGGCUCGACGCAGGUCUUCCUGGGCCUGUUUGCGGCGAUACUCGGAGGUCCGCUGUUCGACCGAUACGGCGCCUGGGUCAUUCGCCCGACGGCCGUCGUGUACCUCUUCGCCAUCAUGAUGACCUCCCUCUGCAGGGAGUACUGGCAGUUCAUGCUGGCCCAGGGCAUCCUCCACGGCACGGCCUCCGGAAUCCUCAUGUUCUCCGCCAUGGCCUCGACGCCGCAGUACUUCCGCAAGCGCCGCGGCGUGGCGAUGGGCCUCUCGAUGACGGGCUCCUCCGUCGGCGCCAUCGUCUACCCGAUCGUCCUCUCCAAGCUCCUCAACGACUCCUCCGUCGGCUUCGGCUGGUCCGUCCGCAUCACGGGCUUCAUCAUGAUCCCCGCGCUGGCCUUCGCCUCCUUCGCGGUGAAGGCGCGCCUGCCGCCCCGCCGCACGAGCUUCCUGCUACCAUCGGCUUUCAGGGACAAGCUGUACGUCACGCUGAUCGCGUCCAUGUUCUUCCUCUUCAUCGGCAUGUUCGUGCCCCUCUUCUACCUCCCCACCUACGGCAUCCUGCACGGCAUGACCGAGACGCUGGCCUCGUACCUCGUCGCGAUGAUCAACGGCGCCUCCGUCUUCGGGCGCGUCCUGCCGGGCAUCAUGGGCGACAAGGUCGGACAGCUCAACGCGCUGCUGUUCGCGGGCGCCUCGACGGCCGUCGUCAUCUUCUGCUGGCCCGAGGCGACGACGCGGGGCGGGAUCGUCGCGCUGGCCGUGGUGUUCGGGUUCUGCUCCGGGGCGAUCAUCUCGGGCGGCGCCGUGGCGAUGACGCUUUGCCCGAAGGACGUGCGGAACAUGGGCACGUAUAUCGGUAUGGGGACGGCGAUCGCGUCUUUUGCGGCGCUGAUGGGGCCGCCUGUCAAUGGUGCGUUGCUGGAUCGGUAUGGAGGUUUUGACCAGGUUUCCAUCUUCAGCGGUGUUAUGUGCAUGACGGGCGCGUUGUUGGUGUUGCUUGGGAAGGCUUUCACGCCGCAGGGGGUUCUCGGGAAGGUUUAG